GGGCCGCUCGCAGCGCGGAGCGCGGCAGGAGCGCGGGCGGCAGGUGCAGCCCGCUGAUGGGGGAGACCAGGGCAGGCUCCAGGCUGGCCCCAAAACCGGUACCAGCCCCCCUCCAAACAGCUACGAUAACCGAGCACUGAGCUUCUGUGCCGGGGCAAGGAGCCCCCCCCAAACAGGGGCUUUGGCUUCCCAUCGGGCAAGGCACCUCGCGCCGGGUGGCUUUCAGUGGUGGGAAAGAAACAAGAAGUCUAUCUGGAAACAUUCUGGAAAUACAGGCAGCAGCAUGAACCUGAAGAAGUACUUCAUCCGGGCGCUGCACCGCCUGCAGAAGGGCCCUGGCUACACCUACAAGGAGCUGCUGGUCUGGUACUGCGACAACACCAACACCCACGGCCCGAAGCGCAUCAUCAAAGAGGGGCCAAAGAAGAAAUUAAUCUGGUUCUUCCUAACGCUGCUCUUUGCGUCUCUGGUCUUCUGGCAGUGGGGGAUCCUCAUCAACACCUACCUCUCCUACAACGUCACUUCGUCCCUCUCCAUCGGCUUUAAGACCAUGAAGUUCCCAGCAGUCACAGUCUGCAAUGCCAACCCUUUCAAAUACUCAGAGGUGAAGCAUCUGCUGAGAGAACUGGACAGGCUCAUCGAAGCGGCCCUGGAGAGGAUCCUGCAGCCCGUGCCGGGGAACGGCAGCGCGAGCAGCUCCCCGCCGCUCGACCUGGGGCUCUGGCACCAGAUACCCCUGGUCCUCAUCGACGAGCACGACAAAGACAACCCCGUCAUCCUGGACAUCUUUGAGAGCAACCAAGGUGCGGGGGGCAACCGAACCGCUGCGGGCAACGAAACCUCUGCAGGCAACCAAACCGCUGCGGGCAAUGAAACCAGUGAGGGCAACCAAACCGCUGCGGGCAACCAAACCGCUGCUCCACUGGCCCCAGCCAACACGACGUCGGAGGAAAAGAAGUACAAGCUGGCGGUGAAGCUGUGCAGCCAUCAGGGCUCCGGCAACUGCACGUACAGGAACUUCACCAGCGCGGCGCAGGCGGUGACCGAGUGGUACAUCCUGCAGUCCACGAGCAUCCUCUCCAAAGUCCCGCUGCAGGAGAGGAUCCGGAUGGGCUACCAGGCAGAAGACAUGAUCCUGGCGUGUCUCUACGGGGCCGAACCCUGCAACUACAAGAAUUUCACCCAAAUCUAUCACCCAGACCAUGGUAACUGCUACAUCUUUAACUGGGGCAUGGAUGAAGAGGCUUUGAAUUCUUCCAACCCUGGAGCCGAGUUUGGGCUGAAGUUAAUCCUGGACAUCAGCCAGCAAGACUACAUCCCCUACCUGUCAUCGGCGGCCGGGGCCAGGCUGAUGCUGCAUCAGCAGAAGAGCUUCCCCUUCCUCAAGGAUCAGGGCAUCUAUGCAAUGGCCGGGACGGAAACCUCCAUCGGCGUGUUAGUGGAUGAACUGGAACGGAUGGGCUAUCCCUACAGUGACUGCACCAUGAAUGGGUCUGAUGUCCCUGUAAAAAAUCUCUAUAGCCAGUAUAAUACUUCCUAUUCCAUACAGGCUUGCCUGCGCUCUUGUUUCCAAAAUCACAUGAUUGAAAUCUGUGGAUGCGGUCACUAUAUGUUUCCUUUACCUGAAGGGGUAAAUUACUGCAAUAACGAAGAUGACCCAGGUUGGGCGUAUUGCUAUUCAUCACUGAGAUCAAGUAUACGACACAGACAGAUUUGCAUUGACUCUUGCAAGGAAACGUGCAACGACACGCAGUAUAAAAUGACCAUCUCCAUGGCAGACUGGCCAUCCGAAGCUUCGGAGGACUGGAUUUUCCAUAUUCUAUCCUAUGAAAGGGAUAUGUCAACAAAUGUGACUCUGGACAGGAACGGGAUCAUCAAGCUGAACAUUUACUUCCAGGAGUACAACUACCGCACCAUCUCGGAGUCUGCCGCCACGACGAUCGUUUGGCUGCUGUCGAGCCUGGGGGGCCAGUUCGGGUUCUGGAUGGGGGGCUCGGUGCUGUGCCUCAUCGAGUUCGGGGAGAUCAUCAUCGACUCGCUCUGGAUCACCGUUAUCAACGUGAUCGGCUGGUGCAAAGGCCUGAAGCAGAAGCGGGCGCGGGUGCGGUACCCGGAUGCGCCCCCGACGGUGUCGGAGCUGGUGGAGGCUCACACCAACCUGGGCUUCCAGCACGAGGAGGCGGGGGCCCUCCCGGGGGACGAGGCGCUGCCCCCCGAGCCCGGCACCCCCCCGCCCAACUACGACUCGCUGCGCGUGCAGCCCCUCGGCGUCCCGGGCCCCGACAGCGACGCCGAAACCGAGUGAGCAGCGAGCCCCAUCACGGGCUGCCGCCGCGCCAUCCGCCACGUCCCCAGCCACCUCCUACCCUCUACCAAAAUUCGGAAGGGACCGCAAAGCCCCAGCUGUCCCCCCCUCCCCGCCUGUCCACUGUGCAUCCACUCUGAGAAACCCUGUAAUAAACCUCAUAGAGUCGGCGCCUGGCUCUGGCUUCACCACGCAGAGCUCGUACACAUCAGAACCGCUGUAUAACCAGAAGUCACCCUUUCCUUUUAACACGCGGGUGGGAAGCACUCCCUGGUGAGAAGAGCAGGGGGGCGGCAGGGGCUGCAGCGAGGCCACGGCCCCGUGGGUCAGAGCCAAGCCACUUUCAACUUCGGAGGUGGCAAUCGCCUCCCCACUGAACGCCCAGAACAGGAACAAGGCAAAAGCAAAACCGUCGCCGGACCUGCUGCUCGGGGUUUGCCGGAGCUCACGCCGCAGCGGGGCACGGCUGUUCGUGUGUGUCGGAGGCAAAUACUCCGGCCUCCAGAAAGACUCAGGCGUGGGGAGGAAGCGCCAGGCCGUCUCACAGCACGGCUCUGCAAUACAGAAAUUAAUUAAGAAGUUGGCGUUAAGGUUCCCGUUGGCAGCGGGGGCCGUCCGGCGCUGGCGAGAGGCUGACGGCAGCGGCUUGCGCGAGGGGGAGGUGCUGUGCUCGCCCGAGGUGAGGGCGGCCGGGGGGGUUGGUGGUCCCCGGGGGUCCGGGCUGAGUGGGGCAGCAAGCCCCCGGCCUUCCCGGGGGCCCACCACAACCCCCCCGGCACCUGCCUUCCUGAAGUACUUUUGCAAAACUUCAAGAGGAAACGGGAUCGUGCGGUUAAACCACGCGGCUGGGAACGUGACGUUCUGGGCAGGGCGCCCAGUGUGGGGGCAGCCGGGGGGGGGGGGGGGGUCCCCAUGCUCCGGCCCCCACUUGGAGCUCCCCGGGCACGGGGGAACUUGUGUGUUCCAGAUUCACUGGAAAAGCCAAACCCUUAACUGCCGGGGGGCAGCUGCUCUAACGGCGCUACAGUAGGUACAAGAUAACGCGUAGACUAGCUGCAGCCUUAAUUCUGUGAGACCUGAUUAAUGAAUUUUUAAAAUUUUAUGAUUAGCUCCAAAAGUAAUGGCAGCCUAAAAUAACGUUUUGAUUUUCUAUUACUUCUGAUAUCUGGGUUUUUACAGACAUUUUCCCAUUUCACUUGGUGAUCAUAAGAACAAGAAGCUUAACCACUUUUUUUUUUAAAUUAAAUUCAGCUCCUUCAAUAAUGAAACAGCUUUGGAAAUCACAUUCUGAGCCCGUUUGGGUUUUCUGCUGUUGAGGAGGAGGGGUGAGGCUCAGGAGAGUUUGGUGCAAGUUCACAAAUCCUACAGAGCCAGACAGCAGAGCCGAUUUAGAAACCAUGCAAAGGUCUCACCGUUGCUUCUCGAUUAGUGCUUCAGCAACCCACCCAGCUGAGGCUUUCGACUCUGACAGUGCCCCCAAACUGAGGCAAUGGGAAAAACCUGCACCCGGGGCACGUGCAGGACAGCCCUUCCCUCCCCGGGGUGCACCCCCCGGCAGCCCGCGGGCCCCCUGGGCUGCAGGCUGUGUCGGGGGCAGCUGCUGCUGCCUAAAGCCAGGAGCCAGGGAGGGCAGUUAGAAGCUGACGCUGCGAUGUGGCAGAGCGGUUUCAUUUGCAGAACUUCCGCCUCAUUCCACCAACUAGUGCUUUACAGGCUUUUUGGCAUCUGGAAUGAUUCCUCCGGAAGAAGUUUUGCCUCAGAAACAUGGCCUUUUACGCAUCGAGCAAACAACACGUUUUCUACACCACAGCAGAAGAGGGAGAUGACACUUCCAUCCUCCAGCACCAGAUUCCCUCUGAACUGGAACAGUUAAGCAAGGGCUCAGCACCCAGAACUCAUCCCUCACCACCCACCUGCCCAGGCUGGUGAGCAGCCGUACUUGACUCUGAUCUUGAUUGGGAUGAGGAGGAGGAGGAAAAAAAAAAAAAAAAAAAGGUAAUUUACAGCCAUCUGCAGCCAGAGAAUACCUAAAUUAAGGAAUAAAAAUCCAGAUUCAGGGAGCACCUUCCUAACAAGUCCAUGUGCUGCCCCCAGCCCCCGCCCCAGCAGCUGGUUCUCGUUUGCGAGAGCGAACGACCAACAGCCCACAGACACGCGGCUCCGCGGGGAACCCACCGAGCCCCGGGGACGGCGCGAGCUCAGCGGGCGCCCCAAACCGGCCGGGGCGGCGAGGGCCGGCGGCAGGCAGGCAGGGGGCUUGUAAAGACAGAGGACUCCAGCUCUUCCAGGCUGUCCCAGACUUCUCCUGCCCGACUCCUCACUUCCCUUCUCCCAAAAGGGACGCUUGGCUCCCCGAGCGCCGCAACCCCACAGCGCACCUCCCUCACCAACAAGGAGAGCUCUUGUGAAGGGGCAGCACUUCAUCCCCCAUCACAGCCCAGCUGGAAACAAGCACCCGACAGCCUCCCCGCCCGAUUCAGCCUACUGCAAAAGCCAAUACCUGACCAAGCCCUCCAAACGACUUUGCAACAGUGGAAAGACGCUGCUCCCUCCGAAAGACACAACAGAGCAAUUUGAUUAAAACACGAGGAAAGUGGAGAAAAAGAACCUGGGCGUCCAUUCCCACACUCUCACCAACAGAUGACACUGUCAACAUCACUACCAGCAAGUCUGGGGGUGUGGGAAUCCGAAUAGCUGUUCAAACAUAAAGAUACGGCACCGGGACAUCAGAUGCUUUUCUGCAGGGCAAAGCAAUUGCCCAGAGCUGGCUCCUGGCCGAUGAAGAAGCAGCACCCGUGAGGGGCUCUCUGCAACGAGGGGCUACAGAGAGGGGGGAGGCAGAGCAGUUGUCCCAGGCCAGCCCUCUCCGAGGCACCCUGACCGGCGCCUCGGCUGCGGACAUCCCGGGCUGGGCUCCAGCAUCUGCUGCCACGGAGCUGGGACGAACUGGAAGGCAGCGGGAGGUCUGGGGCCGCGGAGCUGGCAGGGCAGCCCGCACCCUCCAGCUCCUCGUAGCUUUAGCCCCCCCGGGUGCCCCCCCCCGGGCCACCUGCCCUGGGAAACGCAACAGCAGCAGGCAAAGAACAGCCUCAAAAACUCCUCACCUUCUGGUGACGGGGCAGGAGGGUGGGAGAGGCACAAAGAGCGAGAUUCACCCGUCCCACAGCAAGGGUAAAUCGGAACAGCACGUUCCUGGGCAGGACACGGACAGUUUGCUAUUCCAGUUACUGCUGGUUUAUAGAGGGUGUCUAACAACUAGUAAAAGUGGAAAGCGUCUCAGGUGCUUGACUUGGGCUCUUUACCAGCUUGGCGCUCUCCCCCAAAGGGACCGGUUGCAGAUAAACCUCUGAGUGCAGAGGGGCCUUUUCCUGCUGCAGCAGCAGCGCAGCCGCUGGAGGCUCAGCUGGGCUCUGCACGGGACAGGGACAGAGCUCCGCGGGGGAAAGGCUUCACAAAUCCAGCCAAACAUGACACCUGCGAAGUCCCAACUCCACACAGAAGCCAAUUUCCAAUUCAGCUGGGGAUUGUUUUUUUUAAUAGACUUUUCGUACCCUGAAACAAAAGAGUCAACAACUAACUGAAAACCUUGCCAAGAAAAAACAACCCCAAACAUUCCAGAAAACACAUGUUACUUCCCUGCUCUGAAAUUUUUUUAGGUGCCAAAAUUUGCAAAACCCCCGAAUUGUUUAUAAAGCACCUCUGCCCUCCUCACCUCCCCAAACUGCAGUUUGGCAGUAAAACAUCACCAAAGUCCAGCUGGGAACAACAAAGGAAUUCAGUUUCACUCAAAAACCGGACUGCUGGUAAAAUAUAAUCCUGUAUGGGCACGUCACAAGUGUGCUACAAAACACAGAAAAGAUGCUGGUGUGACAAAACCAGAGAUGGGACACUGUGCAGAAGAGGCAGCUCUGGCAGCCAAGCACAGUCACCCAGGGGAGAACACAUCAGGCAAAGGAGUCCCAGGAGGAGGACCACAAAUGCAGCAACUCUGGGACAAGAAAUGUCAGCUGGCCAAAGACAGAGGCUGCCGGGGGGGG